ACAGGCGCACGCCACCACAUCCAGCUAAUUUUUGUAUUUUUUUAGUAAAGACAGGGUUUUGCCAUGUUGGCCAGGAUGGUCUUGAUCUCUUGACCUCGUGAUCCGCCUGCCUCGGCCUCCCAAAGUGCUGGGAUGACAGGCGUGAGCCGCCGCGCCCGGCCUGCCCUGAGCUUUUGCAACAGGCUCCAGUGGUCUCCGUGUCUCUUUCCUUAUUCCCCUCAAAUCAUUCUCCAUAUUGCAGCCAGAAAUUAUAUUUUAAAACACAAUUCUAAAAUGUCACUGUCUCCCAAAACCCUUCAGUAGUCUCCCACUGCUCCUAGAGACUGAAAUGUUUACCUGCUUACAAGGCAGGGGUUGGCCCUGCGCACCUUUGCAGCUCCCUCUCUAGACGGAUGAAAGUCAGGCUCCCUAACUUCCACCUUCCUCUCCGUGUUCCAGCAUGUUCUCACCCAGAGCCUCUGGGCCUUUUGUCCUCCUCACUGGAAUGCUCCUAGAGGUUUCUCUCCCCUCACAGCCACCUAGUUUACUCAGGUUUUAGAGCCCAGCAAGUCCAGUCUACUCAGUUUUCUUUUUGAAGUUCCUAUAACUUCAGUUCCUUUAUUUAAGUUUGAGGUUGUACGUGUCUUAGUAUGCUUAUUUGAUUACAGUUAGUCUCCCCGCUAGACAGUGAGUGCCCUAAAGGCAGGAACCUUGCCCAUCCCCUUUACCACUAGCACCGAUCAAAAUGCCUGGCACAGGGAGGCGCAAUGAACAGCUGUUGAACGAGUGACUUCCAAAUCGACAGCAAAGGGGGCGGCUGGAUAGCGAGUCGCCCGCUCAGGAGAGAUUCUGGGUCGGAAAUAAAGAUCUGGGAGUCAUUUAUAAUUCCAACCAGACGAGUAGAUGGGCUGGCCCAAGCGGUGUGUAGACUGAAGAGAUUCUAACUCAUGCAAGAUAAGCAGUUACGUGGCUCACGGUCACGUCGCAAAAAUCCUGGGGGCUCUCCUCCGCCUGCUUGUGGUCCCGUACAAGGCGCUUCCCACCCUGGGUCUCUGAGCCCAGUCGGUGAAAGACGGAAGGAGACCGAUUCACAGCCCCAACAGCGCCGGUGAUAGUCCCUCUGCCACCCCUUUCCCUCCGCUGCCCUCCCCUCCCCUCCCCUCGAUGACUUCUUCCAACAGCUGACGAAGCUGGAUCCCUGGGCACCGCCUCUUCCGUCCGCGGCGCCCGGAGACGCCCGGAAAUUUGCGGGCGCGCCGGAAGUUGAGGGGAGUUUCCUGCGAGCUCGGCUUCCUCAACAUGGCAGCGCCCUUGUCAGUGGAGGUGGAGUUCGGAGGUGGUGCGGAGCUCCUGUUUGACGGUAUUAAGAAACAUCGAGUCACUUUGCCUGGACAGGAGGAACCCUGGGACAUCCGGAACCUGCUCAUCUGGAUCAAGAAGAAUUUGCUAAAAGAGCGGCCAGAGUUGUUCAUCCAGGGAGACAGCGUGCGGCCAGGAAUUCUGGUGCUGAUUAACGAUGCCGACUGGGAGCUACUGGGUGAGCUGGACUACCAGCUUCAGGACCAGGACAGCGUCCUCUUCAUCUCCACUCUGCACGGCGGCUGAGGGCCCUUCUCCGGGCCUGGGCACCCUUAGAGGGGAGAACGAAGCAAUCAGACAUCCCCUUGGGCCCUGCUUCCAGGUCUCCCUGUCCCCCUUGCCUGCCUUCUUCCCUGCUCUGUCCCCUAAGCUCCCUCCAGGCAGGGAAAAGAGGCCAGGUGCUAAAAAUGAGCCUUUCUCAAGCACGUCAGCAGCGGAAGGCAGACAGGCGCCAGAGCCCAGCACUCCCUUUUCCAGCAGCUGUGGUGGGGGAGGGUUCCCCUCCAGUUUGUCAAGAGUUGAAGGAGGCUCUGUGGCCAGGUGACCUGGCUGCCUUCCACUCCUUGUACCUCAGUCUAAACAUGGAGUGGCUGCUGACAAGCCGCUCCAGCCCCAGAGCCAGCGUCUUCAUGGGGAAGAUGAAUGGACCUGAGUAGCUGAAGGAAGGCCCCUCCCUACCCAAAGACUGGAGGCUUCUCAGCCUCAAUUUCCCUGUCGGGACAGCUGAGGGCUCUGCCUGUCCCCCACUGCUAUCAGUAUGGAACCCCAGCUGGGGUCCCCUAUUGAGUGCCGACUCCCCCCACCGCCAGCAGCUGCUCCUCCAGCCACACCCCUCCUUCUGCUCCCCCCACCCCUAGCCCUUGACCCUGGCUGGCCUGCCCCCCUCCACAGGCCACCAGAUGGGCUCCUGAGACCCUCCCCAGGCUGCUUACAGCUCAUUCUGCUGGGGGUAGAGAUGAGGGGAGGGAGUAAGUUAAACCUUGGACUAGCAAGUAGAAGCCUGGGGGGAUGCGUGUGCCUCAGUUUCCUCCUCCACAACUGAAUAUUUAUAGUGGCUGAAAACUGGGGAGAUACUUGAUGGCGCGAAUGUCCGUUUUCUCUCCCCACCUCCUGCAGGAAGCAGGACGGGGCAGGCAGCACCUGGUGGGCACAGUGCUUUGCCCCUCCUCCCCUUCCCUUCUGGAAGUCUUGGGGCCUCAGUGCUUGCAACAGCCGGCCUUGGGCAAAUAAAAGACUAGGUUGUUUACUA